UGAAAUACCUCAUAUAUAAAUUCCACAUUUUUUCGUUCGCUUUAGCCUUCUCUUUCGCCAACCAAAACCUUACAGCCUCAAAUCUCAAAUCUCCUUUUCCAGUUCUUCAACAAUGGCUGUAACUUUCUCAAAUCUUCACACUGAAGCUGGUCUUAAGUCUGUUAAUGACCAUCUUUCUGGAAAAACUUAUAUUUCCGGAGAUCAGCUGACUAAGGAUGAUAUUAAGGUAUAUGGGGCAAUUUUGGAACAACCCAGUUCAGAUCUUUACCCCAAUGCUAGCAAAUGGUACCAAGCUGUUUCUGCAAAACUUGCCUCGAGUUUUCCUGGGAAAGCUGUUGGUGUGAGAUUUGGGAGCCAAGCUGCUCCUGCUGGAGCUGCACCUGCUAAGGAAGCUGCCAAGCCUGCCGCUGAUGACGACGACAAUGAUGAUAUUGAUCUCUUUGGAGAAGAGACAGAGGAGGAAAAGGCUGCAGCAGAAUCUAGGGAGGCUGCUAAGGCAUCCGCCAAGAAGAAAGAGAGUGGAAAGUCAUCCGUUCUUAUGGACGUUAAGCCUUGGGACGAUGAAACCGAUAUGAAGAAACUGGAGGAGGCUGUUCGCAGUGUUCAGAUGGAUGGGCUUCUCUGGGGAGCAUCCAAAUUGGUCCCAGUUGGAUACGGAAUUAAGAAGAUGCAGAUCAUGCUUACCAUCGUGGAUGACCUCGUCUCUGUGGAUACCCUCAUUGAGGAACGUCUAACAGAGGAACCUAUCAACGAAUACGUCCAGAGCUGUGAUAUCGUUGCCUUCAACAAAAUUUAAGGUCAACACAGUGAUGGAACUUCCUAUCCAGAUUUAGCCUUGUCUGGCUGUAUUUUUGCUAGUUUUCGAGUUAUUUUGAUACUCUAUCGUUGUCGUUCUUUUUCGUUCAAGUGCCUUUAGUCAUGUGAAUGAGAAUUUAACUGUGAAAGCAUAUGGAACUGAGAAUUAAGAUCAUCAAUUAUAGCUUUUCUUUUUUGCCUAAAGUAA